AAGAGUACGUGGAGCUGGUUUUCACCUCGAGGAAGCAGUGGCUUGUUCCAGGAAGCCACUUUUGGCCUGAGAAUUUACCCAGUAUGCCUAAUCAGGGAGAAGACUGCUAUUUUUAUUUCUAUUCUACAUGCACCAAGAGUGAUAGCUGCCCAUUCCGUCACUGUGAAGCUGCACUAGGAAAUGAAACUGUUUGCACACUAUGGCAGGAAGGUCGUUGUUUUCGACAGGUGUGCAGAUUUCGCCACAUGGAAAUUGACAAAAAACGAAGUGAAAUUCCUUGUUAUUGGGAAAACCAGCCAAUGGGAUGUCAAAAAUUAAAUUGCGCUUUCCAUCACAACAGAAGUCGUUAUGUCGAUGGACUCUUCCUACCUCCAAGCAAAACUGUGUUACCCACUGUGCCUGAGUCACAAGAAGAGGAAGUAAAGACGGGCCAGCUCACGGUUCAACAGAACAAAUUGUCUGUUCAGUCCAACCCCUCCCCUCAGCUGCGGAGCGUGAUGAAAGUGGAGAGUUCGGAAAACAUUCCCAGCCCCACACACCCACCUGUCGCGAUCAAUGCAGCCGAUGAUGAUGAAGAUGACAACGAUCAGUUUUCUGAGGAGGGUGAUGAGAGCAAAACACCUGCCCUGCAGCCAACACCUGACGCCCAUAAUGGACUAUGAGUGGCCUCUACCCGCAAACCUGGAGCCAGUUUAAAGCCAGGUGACUCUUUGAAUUUUGGAAUAAAAACGCUUGAGGAAAUUAAAUCAAAGAAAUUGAAGGAAAAAUCCAAGAAGCAAGGUGAAGGCUCCUCGGGAAUUUCCAGUGUUUUACAUCAGCCUUAGCCCAAUCCAGGCCCUGAGAAGGAGAAUGUCCGGACUGUGGUGAGAACCGUAACUCUGUCAAGCAAACAAGAAGAGCCCUUGGUUAGACUGAGUCUUACUGAGAGACUGGGGAAACGAAAACUUCCAGGAGAUGGUGACAGUGAUCCCCCAUUAAAGCGAAGUCUUGCACAGAGACUGGGGGAAAAAGUGGAAGCACCAGAAACUAACAUUGAUAAAGCACCAAAGAAAGAGAGAGUUAAUAAAACUGGUGAGAUCCAUGUUAAGACACUGGAAGAAAUUCUUGAAAGAGCCAGUCAGAAACGUGGAGAAUUGCAAACUAAACUAAAGACAGAAGAACCUUCAGGAGCUGAGGAUUCUCCAUCAGAAACAAAAAGUUCUUCAGUGCGGAUCAAAACCUUCUCUGAGGUCCUGGCUGAAAAGAAACAUCGGCAGCAGGAAACGGAAAGACAGAAAUCCAAAAAGGAUACAAGUUGCCUCAUGCUAACAGAAGAUUCUGAAGUGAAAAAGACUGUGAGCCUGCCGACUGUUGCUGUUAGCAAAGGACAGCUUGAGGAGGAGCCUGCAGGCAGAGCCAGGCCUAUGCAGGAGGUGCAUAUUAAGACCCUAGAGGAAAUUAAGCUGGAAAAGGCCCUGAGGGUGCAGCAAAGCGCUGAGAGGAGUGGCAGCUCCCGGCCUCAAGAGGAGGCUGCCCCAGUGGCCAAGAGGCUGCUGCGCAUCACCAAGAGAUCAGGUGCAAGAGAAGAGAAAAAACUUGAACUUGAGGACAGUGGUGGCGCUCCCUCUCAGAGCAGUGUGACUAAGAUGGGAGUUAGUGAGACUUCAGAUGAGACCAUAAGUGGUCCCACAAAACUUCCAGUCAACAGAUGUGACAUUGUCAAAGAGAAUCGCACACAGAGACAGCAGGAGAGAGGAGCCUCACAAAAGGAGAAGCCAGCCUUGGCAUCUGUGCGGACAGAUGAGGCUUCUUACUAUAUCCGAGUGGUGGGGAAGCCGGUGCUCACUGCUGUAUCGGGUGUCACUUGGCACCUGGCAAAACGGCUCCCCACAGAGUCGUCCCAGAAAGGGGAGGUGGAGACCUCCGGGAUUGGAGACUCAAUACUGCACGUGAAGUGUGCGGCACAGACUCUGGAGAAAAGGGGUAAAGCCAAGCCCAAAGUAAAUGUGAAGCCAUCUGUGGUCAAGGUUGUCUCAGCCCCCAAAUUGGUUCCCAAGCGCAAGGCUGUGGAGGUGCACUCUGCUGUCAUCGCAGCUGUGAAGCCACUCAGCUCCAGCAGUGUCCUGCAGGAAAGCCCUGCCAAGAAAGCAGCCGUGGCUGUUGUCCCACUCCUCUCUGAGGAUAAAUCCGUCACCAUGUCUGAGACAGAAAAACCGAAGGACAGUUCUGCGCUGUCUUCAGCCCAAGCUUCUUCAGAACCCUUGCUCCCCGAAGGCUCUGGCCCUUCCUCAUCCCAGAUGGCAACGAAACCGCGCCGGCUGAGCUCGGCCUCCACAGGAAAGCCUCCACUCUCCGUGGAAGAUGAUUUUGAGAAACUAAUAUGGGAAAUUUCAGAGGGCAAAUUAGAAGCUGAGAUUGACUUGGAUCCUGGGAAAGAUGAAGACGACCUUCUGCUUGAGCUCUCAGAGGUGAUUGACAGCUGAAAGGGGACAGUGAGGACACUUAAAAAAAAAAAAAACCUUCAUCCAAAACUGGACUUACUUUUAUCUAUUUACCUGAGGUGAUAAUUUCCUUAAGUCUCAAAUUUUACCCAAAUCAAAAGUA